UGGCUGCGCAUGCGCAUAGCUGGUCGGUCCACUACGCCUAGGACCAAGACAGUGGGAGUUAGCUGUAAUGGCGGCUGCGUUGUUACUGUCUGCAGACAGUCCCGGACCCGUUUUCCCAGUCGGCGCCGGAGCGGCCGGCGCGCCCGGUAAUGGAGUAGGGGCGGCGGGCGUCACCUCCUGGAACCGGUCUCUGGACAGGGCCUUGGAGGAAGCGGCGGCUAACGGCUACCUUAACCUCAGCGGCAGGAAACUGAAGGAGUUCCCGAAGUGCGCUUCAAACCACGACCUUACGGACACUACGCGAGCCGACCUGUCCCGGAAUCGGCUUCCCGAACUCCCGGUGGAGGUGUGUACGCUGGUCUCUCUGGAGAGCCUGAACCUUUACCAGAAUUGCCUACGCUCACUGCCGGAGAACCUGGUGAACCUGCAGGCACUGACGAACCUCAACAUCAGCCGGAACCAGCUGUCCACGCUUCCCGGGCCCAUCUGUAGCCUUCCCCUCAAGGUUCUGAUAGCCUGCAACAACAAGCUGCUGUCUCUCCCCGAGGAACUGGGCCAGCUGCGGCAGCUGACGGAGCUGGAUGUUAGCUGCAAUGAGAUCCAGGUGCUGCCGCCGCAGAUUGGCCAGCUGGAGGCUCUGCGGGACCUCAAUAUCCGGAGGAACCACCUAGUGCGGCUGCCUCCAGAGUUAGCAGAGCUGCCACUGGUGCGCCUGGACCUGUCGUGUAACAAGGUGACGACCAUCCCUGUGUGCUACCGCAACCUGCGUCACCUGCAAAGCAUUGUACUGGACAACAACCCACUGCAGAGCCCUCCAGCGCAGAUCUGCAUGAAGGGCAAGAUCCAUAUCUUCAAAUACCUGAAUAUGGAGGCAUGUAAGGCAGCACCAGAGCUGCCGGAGUAUGAGAGGAGAACGCUGCCCUUUGGCUCUUGUGCUGAGGAGCUCUUCUCCGGCCGGCCGUACGGGGCCCUGGACUCUGGCUUCAACAGCGUGGACAGCGGCUACAGGCGGUGGUCCGGUAAUGAGCCUGCAGAGGAGCUGGCUGACCUGCCCCUGCGCAUAGCCGAGAUCACCAAACAGCAGCGUCAACGCAGAGAGCGGGAGAGAGAGGAGGGCCGCUGCGGACCCCCAGUGACCAACGGCUCUCUGGAGUCUGAGCUAGAGCAGAUAGACUACAUUGACAGCUGUGGAGGGGAGGAGGAGGAGCCUGGUCAUCGGAGGUCUCUCAGCCUGAGCUCACAGUUCAUGGCCUACAUUGAGCGGCGCAUCACCCGGGAGACGGGCGCAUGCGAUGCUGCAAUGUCAGGGGUCACCGUGGAGCGUGUGAGGAGGGAAGCCCAGCUGGCCGCCCAGCGCUACGAAGAGGAGAGACAGAAAGGCCGCUGCGCACAGAGGGAGGCGCCGUUGAGCUACGUCAAGCACAAAGCAGCACAGAAUCCCAGCAAGUCAAGCCCCACAGACUACGAGAACCAGUGUCCUUCCCGGCGCUCCACGCACACGGAUGACUCUGCGCUUUUCGUGCUGGGUGAAGACCGGUCCCCGCUGUCUCCUCCAGCUUACCAGUCGUCAUCCUAUGCCGGCCCUGUCACCCCGCCCUCCCACCGGGGUCCUCUGGCCCCGCCCUCCCACCGGGGUCCUCUGGCCCCGCCCUCCCACCGAGGCCCUACCUCGCGGCCCGACAGCUUCCUCUUCCGCGUGAGCCAGAGAGAGGAGCGGAGGAGAGAUCAGGGGGCUCCUCAGUCGCUGGAGCCCGUCCCACAGUCGCCCUCCGGUCCCGUAGGAGAAGAGCUGGAGUUGGUGGAGCAGCUACGCAAGAAUAUCGAGACUCGCCUCAAGGUGUCGCUACCGAGCGACCUGGGCGCCGCCUUGACUGAUGGGGUCGUGCUGUGCCAUCUGGCCAAUCACGUGCGGCCCAGAUCCGUGCCUAGUAUUCACGUGCCUUCGCCAGCUGUGCCCAAACUGACCAUGGCUAAGUGCCGGCGGAACGUGGAGAACUUCCUGGAGGCUUGCCGCAGGAUGGGUGUCCCGCAGGAGCACCUGUGUUCCGUGGGGGAUGUUUUGGGCGCACAGGGGGUGGGCGUGUAUGGCACAGUGAAGGCCUUGCUCUCACUGGGUCCCCCACUCCGGUCUGCUCCGCCAGCACACCUGGCAGGCUUUGCACUUUUCUACCUGUCCGUCAUGUCAGUGCUGUGUGCUCUGUACUGCCACCUGCUGCCCUGCCUCUGAACUGUCACACCUGGGCUGGCUGUGCGCGGCCAUUCGCACACUCUGGCACGGUACUGUUUCUCCAAAGAUGCCCACAAAUUGGCGUGCGCUCAUCUGGUACGUCUUCUGCGAAAUUUAUGUGGGAGCAGGGUACGUGAGAAAAUGACGUAUGUCUCCUUCGUGCCUGGAAUCAGUGACUCUGUGUGCCUUUGUCCAGCUAAGCACAGUUAGGUGUGUAACAUCCCAAACACAGUGAAGUGCAGUGAUCAGCAUCCAGGCCCAGCAUUGAUUACGGCUGUACACCUUUAUUUAAGAAUCACUCAGAUGCCCUCAGGUGCUCAGGAACAGAGAAAUGGCCCUGAUUUAGACUCUACCUCCUGUCUCCCAGCAGUGCACUUAAUUUCCUGGUUCGUUGACUGACACGCUUGUUACAGUUACACACUUUCCUAAUAAAAGUCAGACUGUU